CUCAUUCCACAGCAGUCGACAGAAGUCGAUGUUAAGUAUGGUUGCGUUCCGUCUUACGUAUGAUGAAUCAUUUAUUCUUGUUUAAUAUUCAAUGAAUAACAAGGAUAAAUAAUGCAGCAUGUGCAUCAUGCGUGAGACGGAACGUAGCCUAUAUAGUAAAUUCAAUGGCAGCUACUACGAAUUAUUCCAGCCAAUCAGAGAAAUAUAUCGAUCAUGUGACACUUUGGCUGCAUUCACUUUGCCGCUCAUAACGCUUGUGAGCAUUAAUUGUCUUUAUUUAAUAUUUACUAAACAAAAGAUGAAACGACGCUUGAAGUUGUAAACACCAAAGCGAACAAAGUCUUCAUGAAUCUCUGUUACACUAUAGGAUUUCUAGCUGGAUUGCUAGCUGUAUUAUAGCGUUUUUCUCUUGGCUGCACUAUCGCACACUAAUCACUCAGAUAGUGUAUCGUAUUGUACAAUAUUUCCAUGGCUGAUGAUAUGUGGGGAACUACGUUCUCAAUACCUCACUAGCGCAGCGAAUGUAGAAAGCGAGUGUAGGGAUUUUGUAGGUUACGAGUUGCCUACAAGCAGCAUCAGAGAACAAAUAAGAACAGAUAGAUUAUGGCGCUCAUUCUGUAUUCAUUUGAGUUCGAGUAAUAAAGAUUCAUCGUUAGCAGUUACAAGUAAAGUGUCGAUCAUUACCUCUUAUAUCAUAUCACACGACAAGCGUAGGCUUGUCUUGAGAAUUUGACUCAUCAAUCGAGUCACUUAUUCCCACAGAUAAGUGUCGUAAGCGAACUCAUUCGGUGUACUGCUGAUAAUUGGUGAUCAUCGUAAAAUUGAAUUAGGUUAUGUCAGUUGGCGAGACCUCAAAAUUUAGGAAUGCGAAAGAAAUAUGAGUGAACGUGCCUGUGGUAUUGUUACAAAUAGCCAUUACACUGAUAUUGUUUUAAAAUCCUACAGCAAUCGAACGUUACUGAUCGUAACGCACUUCAAAAAGUUUGGGACAUUGCUGAUAAUAAAUCGCGAAUCCGCUGUGAAUGGUUACAGUAGCGAUGUGUUCACAAUAAAGACAGUCUUUGGUAAUGAGAACAAUGACAUUGAUUUAGCUGCUAGAUAUAUAGCACAACAAAUUAACAUUGAGAAACCAUUAUUACUGUCAAUAGCACUAAAAGAUUAUAACUUGAAUACUUUGAAGUCCAUUGUCGCUGCUAUAAAUCAGAUAAAACCAUGGUAAUGUUACAUUAAUUAAAGUAUCAUGAGCUUAAUCUUUGGUCAACUUGUCAUUGGCCCACCUGGUAGUGGGAAAACAACAUAUUGCAAUGCAAUGUCCAAAUUUUUGAAAUCCAUUGGAAGAAAAGUAGCUGUCAUUAAUAUCGAUCCGGCAAAUGAAAAUAUGGAGUAUACUCCAGCGGCAGAUAUAUCUGAAUUAAUUAAACAUGAAGAGGUCAUGUCACAUUUUAGACUUGGACCAAAUGGAGCUUUAGUUUACUGUAUGGAAUUCUUAGAAACCAAUAUUAAAUGGCUUAUCACUAAAGUUUUGAAUUUAAAGGAUCACUAUCUUAUUUUUGAUUGUCCUGGUCAAGUUGAAUUAUAUACGCAUCAUAAAUCAGUGAGCCAGAUAGCAGAGAAAUUGAACCAGAAUUUAGUAAGAUUAUGCAGUGUGCAUCUUGUGGAUUCGCAUCAUUGUAGCGAUCCUGGAAAAUACCUAUCCUCUCUAAUUCUUUGCACAACAGUGAUGUUACAAAUAGGCUUGCCUCAUGUAAAUAUAAUGACAAAGUUUGAUGAAAUGAAAAAGUUCAGCGAUCGGCUAGCAUUCAAUAUAGAUUUUUACACUGAAGUACUGGAUUUAAAUUAUCUCUUGGAGCAACUGGAUGAAAAUCCCUUCACUGCAAAGUACAAAAAACUUAAUACUGCGCUAGUAUCAAUAAUCGAAGACUAUAGUCUCGUCAGUUUUAUACCAUUGGACGUUACAAACAAAGCAUUGUUGCUACAAGUAAAGAACGCGGUAGAUAAAGCUAAUGGAUAUGUAUUCGGUGGCAAUGAGCCACGAGAUGUUCAAACGUUACUUGCAUGUGCAAUAGGAGCAGUCAAUGAAACUGAAAGGAUGUCAACAUUGGAUGAAUAUUUAUCACUUUAGAGUGAUUCUAACAUACAUCUCUAUUACAUUCGUUUUUAUGUAAGAAUAUCUUGACAUCAUUUUUAUUAUAUUUAUAAAUAAUAAAUGCUGUGUAAUUGAUAAAAGUGUUCUUGUUAUGCAGAGGUGCUCUUGUUGCAUUUUUCAAUCCAAUUGAUUAACAAAAA